UUUUUUGGUUUGAUUCCGGUUUAUAGUUGUCUAAUUCGGUUUUGUUUGAUUUGAAAUUGUGGUUAAUGUUUGUAAUGUUUUAUGAAACCAAUAUUUUGGGUUGAUUUUGAUUUGGUUUCCAUUUAUAAUUCGGUUUAUUCAACGCUAUUUAUUGAUUUAUCUCCACUUUGAUAGGCCUCGGUUUUAAUUCGGCUCAGAACGAUAAAACCGAAUCAAUAACCGCUAACUAAAAUAAUUCAGUUGGUUUCCUGGUUUCUUGUAUUUGCAUAUACGGGUCGGGUCUAAUUCGGAUCCCAGUUGGUACCCGUUUUUUAGCUGCAUCGUCUUCCUCAGUCAUCAGCGCAAACUUUAGGUUGCAUCUCUCUCUCUCUCUCCCUCUACUUUCUCUUUCCAAAGAUGGCUCGUUUGCUGUCACAAACCUUAAUCCACACCGGAAGAUUCCUUCUCCGUCGCUUCUCAGAACCACCUCCGGCGGUAAUCGCGAUCCACCGAUACUAUUCGUCGAAGUCUCUUUCUCUGAUGUCUCCACUUGGCUUGCACUGUUCCUCUUUAUCCAGUCCUCCAGCAUUAUGUAACUCAGCUUUCUCAUCUUCGGCAACAAGUACAACUGUUGAAGUUCAAUCUACGGAGCAUGAAGUUGUGAUUGCUUUAGGAAGUAACAUUGGAAACCGGAUGAAUAAUUUCAGAGAAGCUUUGCGAUUGAUGAAGCGUGGUGGCAUUUGUGUAACCAGGCACAGUUGUUUGUACGAAACGGCUCCCGCUCAUGUGACUGACCAACCCAGGUUUCUCAAUGCUGCAGUGAGAGGUGUUACUAAGCUUGGACCUCAUGAACUAUUGAGUGUUCUCAAGACUAUUGAGAAAGACAUGGGACGUAAAGAUGGUAUACGGUAUGGACCAAGACCGCUUGAUUUGGACAUAUUGUUCUACGGGAAGAUGAGAAUAAGUUCUGAUAAGCUGAUCAUACCACAUGAGAGACUAUGGGAAAGGUCAUUUGUGUUAGCACCUUUGGUUGAUUUGCUGGGAUCAGCUGUUGAUAAUGAUACAGUUGCUCAUUGGCAUUCGCUCGCGAUACAUCCUGGUGGAAUUUUUCAAGCGUGGGAGAGACUGGGUGGCGAAUCAUUGAUUGGACAAGAUGGUAUACAAAGGGUUUUACCAAUAGGAGAUAAGCUGUGGGAUUUUUCUAACAAAACUCAUGUAAUGGGUAUACUUAAUCUUACUCCCGACAGCUUUAGUGAUGGAGGGCAAUUUCAAUCAAUAGACUCUGCAGUUUCUCGGGUUCGCUCAAUGAUCUCUGAUGGUGCAGAUAUAAUUGAUAUUGGAGCACAGUCCACACGCCCAAUGGCCUCAAGAAUUUCUAGUCAAGAAGAGUUGGAUAGACUACUACCAGUUUUAGACGCUGUUCGAGGUAUGCCAGAGAUGGAGGAAAAGCUCAUAUCCGUGGACACUUUCAACUCUGAGGUUGCUUCAGAAGCAAUAAGCAAUGGAGCUGACAUUCUAAAUGAUGUAUCUGCGGGAACCUUAGACCCGAAUAUGCAUGAGGUUGUUGCAGAAUCUGGGGUUCCUUACAUGGCCAUGCACAUGAGAGGAGAUCCAUGUACAAUGCAGAACAAAGAGAAUUUGCAGUACGAUGAUAUCUGCAAGGAUGUUGCUUCUGAACUCUACUUGAGAGUGAGAGAUGCGGAACUCUCUGGGAUUCCAGCUUGGAGGGUUAUGAUCGAUCCAGGGAUUGGGUUUUCCAAGAGUGUAGAUCAUAAUCUAGAUAUUAUUAUGGAUCUGCCAAAAAUCCGAGAAGAGAUGGCUAAGAGAAGUAUAGCAGUAUCUCAUGCGCCUAUACUCAUAGGACCUUCAAGGAAGAGAUUUCUGGGAGAUAUUUGUGGGCGUCCUGAGGCCACUGACAGAGAUGCUGCAACUGUUGCUUCUGUUACUGCAGGCAUUUUAGGAGGUGCCAAUAUCAUUAGAGUUCAUGAUGUUAGACAUAACGCAGACGCAGCAAAAUUAUGCGAUGCAAUGCUGAGAAGAAGAAGGUCAAAAGGAUGAUUGGCAGAUAUAAUCAUAAGCCUAAGUUAAGGAUCUGUUCCAGAUUGAUACAGCAGUUUUGCUAGCUAAGAACAACAUGCCGAGUGAGGCAAUGUUUCUGCUUUGAUCUUGUGUGGCUGGGGUAGAAUAGAGCAAGAUCUUGGGUGCAAUGGGUGAAACAAGCUAGCAAAAUCGUAUACACACACGGCUUCCAAUAUGAUUCCACAUCUACAAAAGAGUUAGAAGUUAACAUGGAGUAUGGCAUCAUGCGGUACGGAACAUGGCACUGGAAGUCAACCUAAAUCCCCUUAAACUUGUGGUGGCAAAGAAAAUUUAUUUUAGUAUUCGGACAGGCGAUCUGAAUGAUUAUUUCAUUUUUGGAUGAGCUUAGUUUUUGAGAUAGAAGACCAAUACAAUCCUGAUUAUGGCAACUUCUUUAAGAAACUAUUUUAUAUUCGUCACUUGCAACUAUUAUGGGUUCUUUUUCUUUAGUCCACGAAGAUUAUCUUUCUUUAGUCCACCAUUGUCGCCGGGACCACUUAGACCCCGAAGAGUGUGCAUCUAUGUGAUCAGGUUGGUUCAAUGUUGGCGAAUGGAGACAUAAAAUGCAUUGUGAAUCAACGUCUAGGAGAUAGAUUUGAGGUUGGCUCGGCUUGGAAGAUCACUGAAAUAGCAUUGGCUUCUGCGUCUGAGAGUUCAGAGCAAAGACCGACGAUGAGCCAAGUCGUUAUGGAGCUGAAACAGAGUGUCUUUGGGCGAAUGACAGAUCGACCAUAAGGAUCCUGUGAGAAGGAGAAGGGUGACGAUGAAUCUCGAUACUGAAAUGGUUCCUGGAGCGAGGUAAAGAUGGAUAUAUGUAUCUUCAUAAAUCUAUCAUUGUAUUAUUACCAUCAUCAUCCCAUCAUUACCAUUAAUUCUUAUAUUCUGUAAAAGUCUCAAAAUUAACCAUCA